UUGAGCUGGCCAUUGCUGGCUGCCGCAAUGGUCAAGCUUGUGGUCAGCGUCCUGGCUGGGCUGGCGCUCCUGCUUUCGGGGUCCCUGGGGGACUCCACCCCUCUACCGGACUACGGCUCUGUGGCCAGGGUCCACAAUGGGGGGCAAAGAGGCAAAUGGGGCUCGGUGGACAGGUGCCCCACGGGGAGCUUCGCCACCGGGUUCCAACAAAAGGUGGAGUCGUACCGGGGUCCCACCAUAGACGACACAGGACUCAACGGCAUCCGGCUCCUUUGCACGCAAGGCUGGAGUGGAAGUGGACAGAAGGGCCACGCCGUGGAGUCCGAGAGUGGACAGUGGGGCGAAUGGUCGGAGCCCAUGUGGUGCCCCCCCGGGGGCCGGCUGGAGAGCUUUGCUCUGCGAGUGGAGGAGGAGCGGGGGCCGGUGCAGGACCGGAUGGGGGCCACCAACGUGCGCUUCACCUGCUCCGGGGGGGAGGAGCUGGAGGGCCCGGGCCUGGACUAUGGGGAGUUUGGCCCCCCCAGCGCCCCCUGCCGGAAGGGCUUCUGCGGCAUCCAGACCCAGGUGGAGCCAUUCCAGGGGUACUUCAGCGACGACUCCGCCCUCAACAACGCCAUGAUGUUCUGCUGCGAACGAUGAGCCCCCUCCCCCACACCCUGGCCCUCCCUCACCUCAGACAGGUGUUGGCAAUAAAGGCGAGAGAGCCUCUGA